AUGCCCCCCCUGCACGAGUCUAUUAUUCGCCUUCCAGCCCAGUUGGCGUUAAAGGGUUUACAGGUACGAGGACUGGGAAUAUUGGCUUGUGAAAGUACGAGCCUUCGGCUUAAUCUUAGCCCUGAAGCCAAAUCCCUCGUGGAUAUUUGCCAGGCUCUCCGGAAAAGCAGAUUCCGCAGUGUGGACAUAAGUCGCCUGUCAGAGAACAAACUCCUCCAUGAGUACGCUGAAUUUUUUCUGGAAAAACUUUCGUAUGAUGGGCUUCUUAUGCUGUCUCUCCUUACUUGGCACUUUGACGCGUCACUUCAUAACUUUUCGACAGCGGCCCUGCCUCCUCGAGAACUUCUGAAAUUUUUCUCUCGACCAACAGUGAAUAUUAAGCAACUGUGCGAGAUUCUCUGGGGCCGAUACAUUCUAUUGUCGGAGCAGGAGUUGACGCUAGGGGAUUUUAAAGCCAAAUUCAAGAGGCUUGUGGUUUUUCUUGAGCAUGGAUUUGGCUUAUACUUUUUGGGAUUUUCUCAGUAG